CGUAUCGUACGCGCGCGUUUCGUACGUCGCGUUCCGAAUUACGUUAUUAAUAUUGACCGUUUCACAUUGACGCGUAUGAAACGCGACGCGUUUUUAGAUACGCGGGCGACACGCGUGCCCGUACGCGACGCGUAUCAAACGCACGCGUACAGGCUAUUACAUGCAAUGACAGGUUUCACAUUGGCGCGUUUCAUACGCGCGCUGAUCAAAUUUUGAAAAUUGGUCAAUUCAUAUUUUGUUGUACAAGUUCACCAUCAAGUGCAGUUCUUCUUGACACAAGACCAUACACCGAGAACUUAUAUACCUUUAAUUAGACUUAUUAGGAUAUUACUAUGAACUCAAUGGACACAGAGCUCAUAAUAAUUGAGGUACAAAGUCGUCCUAAUCUAUGGAAUCAUGCUGAUGAAACUUAUAAAGAUCGGGAUUUAAAAAUAAAAGCUUGGGAAGAUGUAACAAAAAAAAUAGUGUCCACAUAUGAUACCAUGUCUAAAUCAGAUCAGAAAAGAGCAGUUGAAAAAGUCCAACAACGUUGGAAGAGUGCGAGAGACGCCAAAAUGAGAUCUAUUGCCGCAAGAAAAAAAGUAAGAUCAGGAUCAGGAAGAAAAAAUCAUAAAACUUAUAUGUAUGACCAGCAGCUACAGUUUUUGGAAUCAUUAACUGUACCCAAUAUGACGGAAUCUAACUUUAGUCCAAAUUCAAAUCAAAUUCUUGACAAUUCGGACGUCGAAGAUAACAAUGAAUUCAACGGCGAAGACGAUCCUUUAGAAGAAGAAAUUAAUAUAACUUCCGAUGGAGAUCCUUGGGCAAGGAAAAGAAAGAGUACUUCGACUCCAAAAAAAAAAAAAAAUAAUUUUGAAGAAGAUUUUCUGGCAGCUAUUCGAGAGUCUUCAAUGGAAGACGAGGAUAGGUCUUUUUUUGAGUCUCUAUUGCCAACAGUUCGCCAAUUUAAUACAGACCAAAAACUACUGUUUCGCUCACGUAUUUUAGCGUUAACAAUAGAAAUAAAAAAUAAUGGUUCUAGUCAAACUCAAAAUAAUUAUCCUUCAAUAUAUCAUAAUAACUCUAUAAAUCACAAUGAUCCGUUUUACUUUACACAUCAGCAGCAAUAUUCUAAUUUUUUACCAAUACACUCGCAAAUACAAUCUUCCACGUCUAUGCCCGAUACCUCCUCCAACUUUAAUUACCAACCAAACCAUUAA